CGCCGCCAUCUUGUUGUUGAUUCGAACUGUAAGGGAGCAGGUGAGGGAAGUCUUGAAGCCGGCCUGGGGGGGGGAACCCAGCAGCAGCGCCCCCCGGCCAGGCAGGGGGAAAUUUUACGUUGGCUGUUGGUGCUUAAUCAUUUAUUGGUCUAACGAAGGGGUGAUAAUUUUCUCCUUGAGAAACUGCUCCUUCCACCCCAUGCAGCUCUCCCCAUGCCCCAGGUGUGUGACUUGCGCCCUACGCAAUGUGUGUUUGUCAAACCAUGGAGGUGGGGAAGCAUGGCAAGAACACAACCCACACAGGAAGCCGAGGGGUCCUGUUGGAGCCUUUCAGCCAUCAGGUGGGCGGCCACAGCAGCAUGAUGCGCUACGAUGACCACACUGUGUGCAAACCUCUCAUAACCAGGGAACAACGCUUUUAUGAAUCUUUGCCUCCAGAAAUGAAGGAAUUCACACCUGAGUAUAAAGGUGUAGUGUCUGUCUGUUUUGAGGGAGACAGUGAUGGCUACAUUAACCUGGUAGCAUAUCCGUAUGUGGAGAGCGAAGCCUUGGAGCAAGAUGAUACACCAGAGAGGGACCAGCCACGUCGUAAACACUCCCGCAGGAGCCUCAACAAAUCAGGCAGUGGUAGUGAGCAUAAAGAGGAGAAAGCAGGGCUCACUUCUGAGACCUCGGAAAGCCAGGACACAAAGAGCCUCAAGUGCUUCCAUUCAGAUGUUCCAUUUCAGAUGUUGGAUGGAAAUAGUAGUGUUAGUUCUGAGAAGAUCAGCUUUAAUCCCUGGAGUUUGCGUUGCCACAAGCAACAACUGAGUCGCAUGCGCUCAGAGUCUAAGGAACGAAAGCUCUACAAAUUUCUUUUGCUGGAGAAUGUGGUGCAUCAUUUCAAAUUUCCCUGUGUUCUUGACUUGAAAAUGGGGACCAGACAACAUGGGGAUGAUGCCUCUGAGGAGAAGGCUGCUCGGCAGAUGAAGAAAUGCGCACAGAGCACCUCAGCUACACUAGGAGUCCGAGUUUGUGGAAUGCAGGUCUAUCAGUUGAAUACAGGGCACUACUUGUGCAGGAACAAAUAUUACGGCAGAGGUCUUUCCAUUGAGGGUUUUCGCAGUGCCCUUUGCCAGUACCUGCACAAUGGCAUAGAGCUACGAAAGGACCUUUUUGAUCCCAUCCUCAGCAAAUUGCAGAGUCUAAAGGCUGUAUUGGAGAGGCAGGCCUCUUAUCGGUUCUAUUCCAGCUCCUUGCUCAUUAUUUAUGAUGGGAAGGAUACCCGAAGCGAGACAUACCUGGAACGCAAAGCAGAGAUGCGCCUAAAACAAGUGGACUUCUCCCUUGCUGACAAAUUACAAGAGGUCGGCAGCACAGAAUCCGUCUCCUUCCAGCCCAAGGUGGAUGUACGUAUGAUUGACUUCGCACACAGCACAUUCAAAGGCUUUCGGGAUGAUCCCACUGUACACGAUGGCCCUGAUAUGGGAUAUGUGUUUGGACUAGAGAGCCUUAUCAACAUAAUAGGACAGAUGAGGGAUGAGAAUCAGUAGCCUUGGGCUGGACUCUUCGAUUUUCUCUCCCAAGGAUAGGAAGAGACAGGAGGACCACUAUUGAUACAGAGAAAGUGGACUCUUCUGCUUUGAAAAUACAAUUUGUUUCAAUGUAUUUGACAAAGGACUUGAUAUCCUGGAUGAUCCUGGCAAAAUGGUUUUUGGUUUUCCCUAUCCAGCCGGAACUCCUUGUGGGAGAAAUCAAUUCAUGGCCCCAACAUAGGGCAUUUGGUCUGGGGCUUGCUGUUUGUUGUGUAUAGCCCUUGUGUAUAGCCCUUGUCUUUUAGAAAUGUGAAAACUGCCCCCCCUCCCCAGAAAAAGAUGAGUGGGUGUAGAUGUUGGGAUUCCAAUAUUCCACUUCCUUGUCAACUUUCCAGCGAGGCACAAUGGUUUGAACUCUCUUUUUUUUGUUGUUCAAAAUGGGCAUUCACAUUCAAGCUUUGGGGGCUGAUCAAUGCACAUGAUUUACCCAGGCCCUACUCUGUUGUUUUUGCCCCUGAGCAGAUGUGAAAUACUCUUUUAGAGGGAACAUGUAACAUUUCAUUUAUCUUCUCCAACCUGGUCAUUACCAGAUCAUCCCAACUGGAGAAAUAAAUGACCAAAGGGAAACCAGUGCAAUGCUUGAAUGAUUUUGCUUUGCAUCAUUAUGAUGAAACUUCCAUACCUCCCCAAUUUCCUGCAGUUGACUGAAUUGAUUAAUUCCAGGAGUACCUAAUCAGAUGUCCACAACAGUGGUCUUGAUGUCUGUCUUCACAGGACGCUAAGGUGGCUAAAAAUACAUAAAAUACUUUCUGGGAUUAAUGAUGUUUUAUCAGGUAUGAAUUUUUUCCUCUGGUAGACCCUGUAGCCUCUUUUCCAGCCUCAGUCAUACCUAAACCCUGUGAUGCUGAAUGGUCCUUCCCUUUCCUUCCCUUUCCUUUCAACAGCCUUCCCUGCCAAAAUGAUACUUUCCACACAGCUUCCAUCCACAGUAGUGAAGCACUCAAGAGGCAGUUGAUGAGAAGUUGACCUUUUUGUUUUGAAAAUGUGUUCCCAUUGUGGAUGGAAGAACCUGUUUGGCUUUGAAUGAUGGCCUUCUGGUAAAGAGUACUACCACCUGUGCUUGUCUUCACCUCAGGGAGCUAGUGUUUGCUGGCCUUAUUCCUACAGUUAGUAAAUAGUUGAAUGCAACUAAACCACAUUUUGGGGUUCUGUCACGUGGGGUGACAUGCCAAUAAUUUGUGAAGUUAAACUUGACAGCAUUCUGAAUGGAAAGUUACAAUAGAAAAAUUUGCAGCUCUUGCAAGUAAAAACAGCACCAAGAAGUGUUUUUAUGGACCAUAUAGAGAAUGGUUGCUGUGGUUAAGGCUAGGCCUAGCAGAGAUAAAUGCACUACUAGACCUCUUGGAAAAUGCACUUUGUGGGAAGGGAUUUGCUACCAUGGGAAACAGAUGUCAUGUCAUUAAUAUUGAGGACAGUUAUCUUACUACUCUAUUGUGGAUGUUCUUAAGAAGAACUAGUAUUGGACUAAAACUCCUUGUGUAUAAUCUGUGCCUCCCUUUGGAUGUCUAUGGCCUUUAUAGAUAUACCUGCAAGCAUUUUUGGGACUUUUUUUUUUCAUCAAAGAAUUUCUGGUUGAACUUUUUAUAGUGCCAAUAUGGACCUGCAGACGGAAACCUUGCUAAGGCCAUUUGAAAAGUGAGUCAACUUGGUGCAUUGACCAAUUCAGUACUAAGGUCUUGCUUUUUUCACAAGGCAAAAUAUAUUUAUGCUAGGAAGAAUGUAAUGGAAUUCUUCCAGCAUUACUCUUGAUUCCUGGAUCUUUUAAAAAAAAGUAUUCUUUGAGUUACUUCUUGACAUUUUGACAUCAUAUCUGUAUUCUGUUUUAGCUAAAGAGUACCUUUAAAACAUCUGUAAAAGUUUGAACGGUAGAAGGGGAUUUUUAUCCCUUCAGUUAUUAUCAACAAAAAUCGAUCUAGAAAGCCACUCUGCAGAGUUUACUUCCUGUCUGAUGAUUGCCUCGUUUUAAAACAAAUAUGUAUAAAAUACUUUUGAACCAUUCAGAUUUUUACACUUCAAGUUCUAGAGCUUGUAAAUAGCAUUUUUCCUUUUCCUGUUCCAGGGUUUCAUAAGACUAAAAUUCUUUUUGCUUAAUACAGAAGUAAAAAAUAGUAAGAAUAUGUUUUUGUCAGUAUUUUAGCAUUGUGGUUUGCUUUCAAACAGUGUAACUGCAAAGCACAGUUUUGUUCUACAGCAAUAAGCUUUCCAGAUUCAAAUCUUUAAUUUCAAGAUAAGCAAAAGGACAGUUAUUGUUUUUGGUGAGUACUUUGUAUAUUUGAAGAUUUUUUUUACUGUUAAAGCAAACCAUUUCAGAAAUUACAGAUGGGGUUAAUUUAUCAGCUUGGGUGCUUAUUAAACACGUGCCCUCAAUUUGUCUUUUGCAGAGCUUAUGUAUGAGUGUGUACAUAUGCUUCUGGGCAGUUUAUCAGCACUAAAAUAGCUGGGAGAGCACUGGCAAAACUGUAAGGAAACAUUUGUAGGAAUUAUGAGGAAAAGAUCCAGGAUUGUCAGAACAGGUGAAUUCAAGUAGACUUUAUCAUACAAAUCAGAUUUAAGGCACCUCUUUUGGCAUUUGACAAACCCAUCUUCUGCAGCUCGGCCUUUGCUUUGAAUUGAAAUAACGCCUGUAGAGUGACGGGGCUUUCUAAAAGGCAUCAAAAGAUAUGCAAACAAAUCCAGAGGUAGAAAAUUAAAUAUUUGCCUUCAUCAACUUUCCUCCAUAUGCUUUGAGGGAUGUAGUAGUUAGUUCAAAAGUGCACAUUUCAAACAAAAGGAAUAUACUGGGUCUCUUGCAAACCCUUCUGGGGCCAUAUUGUUAAAUGGUUUAUGGUUCUCUUACAAGUAACUGCCAAGUAGAUGUUCCCGUUGAUGCUGUUUUACAUAACAGCUGUCCAAGAACCCUUGAACUUUGUCCAAGAAAGAAUAUGUCCCCUGCUGAGUAGACCAGAGAUGCUGGAAUGGACAUCCACGGUCCCUUUCUUCCUUAAAACAAAUGGGAUUCAGUCUACAUAAAAACAAAGCUCUUGUCCUGUGUUUUUUCUACAGCAUUAGUUCAUCUUCUAUUUUGUUAGUGUUAAUAGGCUAAUGGAAUCAGUAAAGCAAAAUGCAGCAUUCAGAGUUGCAGUCUAACCUUUUUUUAAAAAAAAAAACCCACAGAAGCCAUUGACCAUAUUGAUGAUAAUCUGCCACUUCUCUGUAGGUUCUACCUCAUGACUGAAGAUAGAAUAACACAAAAUAGUAAUCAGGAUUUUCAUGCUAUUUAGGGGUGUUGUCACUGAACUGGAAAGCUCUACUGCAGGUGUUGUUUGGAUAUCUGAGAUCAUUUGCAGAAAUAAAAACAAAAAAUUCUCAGUGUGACAUUUAGUUGGCUUUAAAGUUGAUGUAAAGCAACUAGUCCUUUUCUUCCUUCGGUUAAGCCUGGAAUAUUGAUAUUUCCUUUGUAUUUUCUAACUCUUCAGAAAACAGGAGUCUACUCAAUCCAAUAUUAAAAUGCACAGAGGGUCCACGUGAGAGUUUGAACCUAUUUGGUGAUCAGGAGAGCUGUAUUCAAUAAAGCCAUUUUGCAUGCAUUAUAUACAUUCCUCUUUUGAGGACUCUUGUAAAUAAACUUUUCAGUCUGUUCCUUCUGGAACAGCAGAGCCUGCUUAUUGCCCUUUACGGUUUGCGGAUACCUAUGUCCAAUAGUGAUGGCUUUUAUAGCAGGAUUUUGCACGUACUGUGUAGUUGCCUUCAUAUAGAUGAUGAAUCAGCUUUUCAGCCUUCCGGAAUACAUAGCCAGCUCUCUCUCUAGCAAUACAUAGUUACUGUUAGCAUACAUGGGCAUGGUUCUCUUUUCUUACUAAUAAAGGCCGAAUGAGAGUUCACCAUUCAAUUUAUUUUAUACGGGUGGCAGUUAUUGCCACAGAAGUGUCUCUUUCUUUCCUCAGCUAAGGUUACUACUCACUGUGCUUUUUUUUUAUCAUUUUGAUCUUGUUCAGUUAAGUUAGAUGGUGCUCUUCCAGUUAGAACAGGUGCUCUUCACUGACACCUUUUGUUAGCCUGGAAGUGCUGCAUGAUCUUUUUGAAAGAUUUGUUCAAGAUAUUUCUCAUUUGAGUAACCAGAGAGUUGGUUUUGGAGACUCUUCAGUCUGUGAUUCCAAAGAAGACCUCUGUGUCCUGGAGAACCUGUUUCAUUAGAAUUCAACGCUCAUUCAACCACAUCUGUUUUUGCACCUUAAGAAAAUUGAAAGAAGAAAACGUUUCCAGGUUCCCGCUAAAAGCUGGUAGAGACUGAAUGCUAGUUCCGAUUUCUGUAGCCUUAUCCUUUCUACAGCUACGUUUCCAUGGGCAUCCUUAUCCUUCCACAGAGGACCAAAUCAUAAACUGAAUCUGAGUCCAAUUGCCUACCUGCGGCUCACAGAUUGAAUUUGUUGGUGUGUGAUUUUUAAGAGGCCAAAAAGAAGUUCCCACAGGGGUGUGGGGUGGGGGCAGUUUAGCUAGCUAGCUAAGAUCUAGUUCAGGAGCUACACCAGCAGCUUGUUGCAAGGCUGUGGAGCGCACUUGACAACGCCAACACGUCGUGCGGCUUUGGGGAUUUAGCACAGGUACAAUCUGUGGCCGUGAGUUGCCAGUGCAAAGGACCCUAAAUAUUGGCUUGCUGGAAAAGGGUCUCAAAAGACAGUUUACCUUUUAAGCUUAGAAAGAGAGGCAAGCUUUGUUGCUUUCAGGCUUUCUUUUUUUU